AUGUCUUCCUCCGAGCCUCUCCACACUUACCACCGUCGCUCCAAAUCAAAAUCCACUGACAGGGUGGAUUUCAAUCCGUCAAUUCCUAGGGUUCCUCGAACCCGUUCUUCUUCCUCUGUUCCUGUUGGAGAUUCUUCUCCUUUUGUGUCUAAUGAGGCUGCCUCCUUCUUUAAUGAGGUUGUCUCAAAGAGAAAAUUCAUUCCUGAGAGGACUUACCAGUUUGAUGCAGUUCCCUUGGCGGCUCAGGAGUCUGCAAAUCAGAUUUUGGAGCACUACCACCUUCAAGCCCUAAAUUCUCUCUCUAGUUUUCGAUCAUGCCCUGGUUUUGAUUUUGCAAAAUUUGCUCUUGCUUCUGCUGAAUACUCUGUUGAUCUUUUUAAAUCCAUGGCAUACACUGAUCAAUCCUUGCCUUUGACCUCUAAAGGUCUGCCUAUCAAGUCUUACUUGUCCCCUUUUUAUAAAUUUUUGUGGGAUUUUAUCCGUCAUAAUGUUCUCCCCACUGGGAACAAUUCUAAUCCCACUCUUGCUGCCUGCCAACUCAUGAUAUCCAUGGUGAAUCAUGAUAAAAUUCCCCUUGGUGAUAUCCUAUAUAAUGCCAUUCUUGGGAAAACCAUUGGUCAUGGUACCAAGCACAAGGGGACUCUUGUGUUCCCCUGUCUGAUUCAGCGCCUUUGUGAGAAAAAUGGGGUGGCAUUUCUUGAUUCCGAUCAGUGGCAUCCCCCCAUUGGUCCUUAUGGCAAGGCCUCUGCUGCCCUUAGCCAGAGAGUUUCCAGGACCUUUCUCACUUCUGUGUCGUCUUCCUCUGAGAAUGCCUCUCUCAGAGCUCAGCUGGCUGCCAAGGAGGAGUAUAUCCAACAUCUUUUGACCCUCAUUCCAUCCACUUCGAUUCCUGCACCUGCUGCUGCUGCUGCCACUGCAGAUCCUCAGCCUGCUUCUGCCACUGAUGAGGACUCGGAUGACUCUGUGGAUUCUGGUGGCUCUUUGAUCUUUUAG